UCAAGUCACCUCACCAGACGCCGGACUUGCUUGCUCGACGACGCGAACCGGAAAGCCCGAAAUUCGCGCCACACGGAUUUCGCGCGCAGACUCUGGCGGGCGGGGUUGAGGGUGGAGACAGCCGAGGGCGGGUCGCGGGCGCCUCACGCGGCGCCAUUAUCGCUGGAAGACUGCUGGGAGUUGUAGUCUCCGGAGCAUGAGACAGCCUAGAAAUGGGACGGAGUGGGGAGGGGAGGGGCGCUGUCCCGCACAGCAUGCUGGGAAGCGGCCCGGAGCCUGUCCUCCCCGUGGACGAGCCGGUGAGGCUGCGAGGGCCCCAGGAUGGAGCUGACAGAACCCCCACCAGGCACAGCAGUGCAGAAGGAGGAACAGGAAUUGUUGGAUCGAACCUUCUUCUCAUGGGCUGAAUUCAGCCGCUUCUUCGACAAGUGGUGCCAGCAACGGCUGGUGGUCUUCUCGGUGAAGAGCUCCACACACGUGGCACGCAGCCCCUGGGCCAGCGCGCCCCCUCUCUACAGGCUCAUCCACGUGCUCAAGUACAGCUACGUGCUGCUGGUGUGCAAGGAUGUGCGCAUGCCCAACCAGUCCACAGCGUGGCCUCCCCAGCCCAGCUGCCCAGCCUUCAUCACUGUCAAGCUGAGCCCUUUGCGGGAUCGACUCGUGGUGUCUGAGUGCCAGCUGACCCACUCGCACCCCGCCUGCCCACGCGAGUUUGCCUACCACUUCCGCCCGGGCCACUUGCUGGCCAAUGCCUGCCUGCCUGUCCGCAUCACCAACCAGAUCUCCAAGCAGUUUGUGGCCCCUGCUGAUGUGCGCCGCCUGCUGUCCCACUGCAAGGGCCCAGACCACGGGGUCCUGGAUGCCCUCCAAGUGCUUGAGGGUCUCUUCCGCACAGAUCCGGAGGCCAAGGUGAAACUGGUGUUUGUAGAGGACCAAGCAAUGGUGGAAACGGUGUUCCUCCUGACAUCACGCACCAGGGCGCUGCUGCGGCGCUUCCCGCGCAUCUUGCUGGUUGACCGGCUGCCUGGGCUGCAGGGCGCGCUGGACUUGAUGGCAGUGCUGUGCGUGGACAGCGCAGGACGUGCGCGCCAGACUGCCUGUUGCGUGGCGCGCCCCGGCACGCCUAGCCUGCUGAGGUUCAUGCUGGUCUCCCUGCUGCAAAGCGCUCCGGAUGUCAAAGGCCGCGUGCGCUGCCUCACAGCUGGACCUGAGGUGGCUGGGCAGCUGCGUGCAGUUCGCCAGCUGUUGCCGUGUGCGCGCGUGCAGAUCUGUCGAGCUCAGGGUCUGGAGACUCUCUUCAGUAAGGCACAGGAGUUGGGCGGUGCCAGCCAGGAGGAUCCAGACCUAUGGCCACUCCUCUGCCGCCUAGCAGAUUCAAAGUCCUAUACAGCUUACAGUGAGGCGCUGGCUGAGCUACGUUCCCAGGCUCCAACUGCCUUCAUCAGAUACUUUGAGCAUAACUGGGCACCCCGCCACGACAUGUGGGUACGUUUCCGUGCCUACGAAGCAACCCGUGACCUGGAUGCCUGUGCUUUAGUGCGUGGCCAUCGAAGGCGACUUCUUCGCCGCCUCAGCCCUUCACACAGUGUGGCUCAGUGCCUUCGCGACCUAGUGGCCAUGCAGUGGGCUGAUGCGACUGGAGAGGCAGCCUCCGAGGGUGCUCAUGGUGACAGAGUGUUGCUGGAGAGUGAGUCUAGGAAUAGGGCACAGAUGGAGAUAGAGAAGGUGAGGGGUACAGAGGCCAGCAACUGGAGAGGGUCUGAGCGAGAAAGUGAGAAAGGAAAGGGAUUACAGUUGAGAGAUGGUCAAGGAGUCUGGUUGGAGAAUCAGAAGGUGAGGGGCCCUGAAGGGACAGGAGCCCAGCUGGAAAAAGAGCACUUGAGAGGGCCAGAGGUCAGAGACUGGAGGGAAACCCAGGUGGAGGAUGGAAGGGUUAGGGUGCUGGGGUCCACCGACCAGAGGGGCGCCCAGAUUGAGUCUGAGAAGACCAAAAGUCUUGAAGGAAUUCCCUGGAGGGACAUCAAAUUGCAAGAGGAGACGGCACAUCCAACGAAACCUCGAGAUUGGAAAGGGCCUCAGUUUGACAUGGAGAAGGGGCUAGACAUUAGGAGGUGGGGGGACGGCCAUGUGGAGAAGCUCUUAGAGUGGGUCCCUGAGAAUGGAGAUCAGAGGGGACCCCGGUGGGGCGGUGAGGGUCAGAAAGGAUCAGAGAUUGCAGAGGACAGAGGUGGGAGGUUUCGAGUCAAAAGAAGACGGGGCCUGGAGGACAUCGUUGUUGUUCAUCUGGAGGAUGCAAGAGCUACAGGCAUAGCAAAUGGAGACGAAGGGGGCCCCCGAACUGUGGGUUCCAAGAAUGAAGGACAGCAGAUGGAAUUUGGGGACUUAGGAGGGAGGCUUCCAGGGCUGGGGAAUGGUGUACCAUGCACCACCCCUAUGCGGACUGUGUUGGAGGGUCAUCCAGAAUGGUCAAUGACAAGGGUCGAGUCCCUGGCUGCAGGGGAGAUAGUACAAGACGGAGGUGAAGAAGGCCCAGGGGAGCCAAAGAGGCUUUGCCGCCCCUGCAGAGAUGAGGGGGUGGACUGUGAGCCAUUAGCCAAGUUCCGAGCUGCCUGCGGACCAGAACUGACAGACCUAGUAGCCGAGGAGCUGGCCUUCGCCAGACAGCACGGAACCCGAGGUUUUCACUGGACCGGAACUGGCUUUGCCCUUAAGGAUGGCACUUCAGACUUCUUCCUGGAUGGGGCCCUGACACACUGCAGCUGCUCCAUCCAUGCUGCCAGACGCCUGCCCUGCAGACACCUUUUUGCUGCUCGUCUCCUCACAGGAGCAGCCUUGUUUCACAUGGAUUUGCUCAGAGAUUGCUGGGGGAGAUCCCAGGAACCCUGACCCUGUGCACCCCUGCCUGCUACCCUCCACAUGGAGGGCAGGAACAUAUUCUUUGAUCCCAAAGAUAACAGGGCUCACGCCCAAUGGGCCAUCCCAGCCCUUCUAAUCACUUGAGUCAUCUAAGGACCUCCUCUUGGCCCUCUUCUACAUCCUAUGGGAUGCUGACUAUGGUCUCUGAGAUCCUGGAGCCACACCUGUGGGAAGUGCUAAUGGCCCAGGCACAUUAAAAGGACAUUACUCUGGAGAAGAAUGCAUGAGGAGAGGUGUAGACAGGAUCAGCCAAGACAGAAAACAAGAAAAGGACAGAGCUGGGACGGGGAAGGCUCAGUGGAGGUCACAUAAAGAAGCCAAGGUAUGGGGACACUGACAAGUAAACUGAGAGCCCUGGGGACUACAAGAUUGAAACCGGAGAGGCCAGGGAGAAUGAACAAGACUGAAGGAGAAGAGAAAAGAUAGAAAGGGGGAGACUUCUGAGGGAAAGGGGGAGAAGAGAUAGGAGGGAGGGUAAGAGAUAGGACUGGGGAAGUGAGACACUGAAGAGGGUGGAGGGGGAGGAGACAAUUUUAAAGGAACAUGACAAAGCAUAGGAAGAGAAAAUAUGGUAGUAUGAGCUGGGGACUUGGCCAUUUCUCGGGGUGGGGCAGAGGAGAUGGCUCUGAAGAUCUAGUGGGACAAGCUAAAGACUGCCUUGGAGGGAAGGGAACUAACUGAAUGGCUGUGCUUUGACAUGGAAUAAACAGCAUUAUUUUGGUCUCUAGGCUGAGUUCAUGGCUUCUGGGGGGAGGGAGGGACACAGAUCCAGAGGAAAAAAAUGAAAUGGCCCAGAGCAUCCCAUUGUUCUUUCUGUCAGUGAAUUUCUUCUAGGAUGAAUGGAGGGCUCACAAUUAAUCCAUUGCUAGGACAGCUGAUGUUCCAUCCCUCAUCCUUCCUCUUCUAAACCACUUCACAACCAUAGCAAUUUCCAGACAUUUGGCCAUGCCCAAGUCCUCUGAGUAAUUAGUUUGAGAAUGGGAUUUUGGCCCAUUGAGUCUUCUCAAGCAGAGGCAGGACUUCUAGGAAAGAUUGUCUCACUCUUUUGGUUUGGUUUGGGUUUUUUUUUUAAGACAAGGUUUCUUCUUUGUGUAACAGUCCUAGCUGUCCUGGGACUCCCUCUGUAGACCAGGCUGGCCUUGAAGUCCCAGAAAUCCACCUGCCUCUGGCUCCCAAGUGCUGGGAUGAAAGGUGUGCACCACCACCGCCCAGUUGUCUUACUCUUAAAAUGUUCCAAAAUGAGAUGUGUGGUGAUUCUAGGCCUACUCACCACCAAUCACCUUAGGCCAGUGUGGAGAUGAAGCCCAUACUGAGAAGGAGCAGAGAACUGGGAGAUGAAGAACAUCUAAUGUCAAAGAGAUGGCUCAUCAGGUUAAAAUUUUUAAAAAAAUAAAAUUUAGAAAAGUUGCUUUGCCAGGUGGUUAUGGCACCUGGGAAGCAGAGGCAGGCAGAUCUCUAUGAGUUUGAGGUCUAGUCUACAAAGCAAGUUCUAGAACAGCCAGAACCAUUACAGAAAGAAACCCUGUCUCAACAAAACAAAAUGAAACAAAGAACAACAACAAAAAAGAUUGCCUUGCAAACCUGAUAAAAUGAAUUCAACCUCCAGAACCCACAUUGGAAGGAGAGAACUGGCUCCCAAAAGUUGUUCUCUCACCUUCACAUGCAUGCAUUCACAGAGAGAGAGAGAGAGAGAGAGAGAGAGAGAGAGAGAGAGAGAGAGAGAGAGAGAGAAUAAUCUAGAAAUCUCGAUUUCUGUUGGACUCUGGUUCCAGGUCAUAGGCUUUGUUCUGGUGUAGUGCUUCUGAAGUGAAGGAUGUUAAUGAUUAAGAGUAGCUUGACAUUGGGGUUCUGUGUGCACAACUGAAAGGGACCCAUAUCAAGAGUAGGCUACAAAACCCAGCUUGAGGUAGAUUUUGCUUGGGCUUCCAUGUAGAGAUGAAAAGCAAAACUUGUUGAGGCACAGAGUUGGAUUUGGCAGGUCAGGGAGGAGCAAUAUCUUCAAGAAAGAUGAUGGUUCUGUUACUAAUGGAUCACAAGACACACUUAGAAUAGCAAAAAAAAAAAAAAAUUAAGGUAAAAGACCACUCUGGUUCAGACAAGGUGUCAAAGACUCUAAGUACACCUGAAUGUGGGGUUUCCAAUGACAGGUUUCUCCUCUUUUGUUCUGCCCUUUGUGUGUUGGAACACACACACACACAC